AUGGCCUCAUGGUACAGCUCCCUCCUGACCAACGCGUCCACAAACAUCACCAAGCUCCAGCGAACCUACUUCGCGGGCGAAUCCGACGGCGACACCGAAGACGACACGCAUGUCUGCCGCGUCUUGAGAAACUACUACACCGAAAAAGGCAGCCCCUUCCCCGGCUGGCUGCCCCCCGACCCGAAGGCUCCUCCACCGCAACAACCUGUUUUGGCGCAGCAGCAACAGGGCAGAUAUGGCGGGUUUAACAACCAGGCUGGACCGGGAGGGUCGCAGACGAGAUUGAAUAGUCUGUGGGAUAAUAACAAGGGCGGUCAGCAGCAGGGACAGGUUGCGAGCAGUAGGAACCCAUUUGCUGCUGGGGGACAGGCGGUGCAGCAGGAUAAUAGGCCGCAGGCGCAGAGUUUGAGGACAGGGGGGAGUUAUCAGGGGGGUGGGAGGCCGGAUGGUAUGUCACCCACAGGAAGCGCGGCGAGUGGGACGAGCGCGCAAGAAAAGUUGAAGCAGAGGCUUUGGGGGGGAGGUGCAAGGACUACGAGCCCGAAUGCGGCGGGGCCUUUCCAACCGCCGGCUCCUCAGCAGCAACAGCAGGCGCCGCCUCCACAGCAAGGUAGACGGGGGUGGGGAGGGGCUGCUGCUCCGGAGGGGGGGUAUUCUAGUAGGCGGGACGAGAGGCCGGUUAUGAGUGCGAAUGCGCCGUGGGCGGAUGGGGGUUUUGAUUCUCCUUCUGGCGGCGGCGGUGGUGGUGGUGGAGGGAGGAGUUAUGGUUUGCCGAGCGGACCAAGGGGAGGGUUGCCAAGUGGUCCUCGACCGAGAUGA